AUGGCGCCUUUGAGUACACCAUCUUCGGUUUUAUGGGCCACAGCGUCGAAGGAGUGGGUAAUACAGCCUAAGCCUAAACCUGGCCGCAAACCGAAGACCGACCUAACAGUUAAAGCUGACAGCGAGUCGCAAGAUGAAAAAGGUCGGCGUGUACAGAACAGAGCCGCGCAACGUGCAUUUCGUGAAAGAAAGCAGGCUCAACUUGCUGAAUUACAGGCUCGGAUUUUGACCUACGAGCAAGGCGAAAUUGAUCGCAAUGUUGCCUUACAAAAUAUUGCAAAACGGCUAAAGGAGGAGAAUGAAAGGCUUCAACACGAAAAUCAGGCACUAAGGGAGAAACUUGCAAGGGUAGAACAAGCAGAAUUUUUCAGAAGUGGAAACGAUAACGACAGGAAGAGGGGUCGAGAUGGUUCGUCCUUGACGGUUGGGUCUUCUUCCGUUCUUCACUCAAGAAAGAAGUCUCGCAAAAUAUCUGACACUUCUUUGGAGAACCUCGGAGUGUCAUCUGAGGCGCGCAAUUCUGUAUCCUCGUCGCUAGUAUCGUCCCCGGAUGCCAGUGAAGUACCCGACGAUCGAAUUUCACCCCUGGCGUAUGUAUUGCAAUCCGAAUCCAGUCCCACUCCCGUCAACAAUAUCCUAUCCUACUCAUCCGGCGCAAAACUUAUGGAUAUGGAACAUCUCGAUGACUUCUCGAGGUUCAAUUGUGGUUUCUGUAAUGAAACCACACCCUGCGUUUGCCGGGAAAUCGCCCACCACAUUGGUGAUGGAGAAUUGAUCAAGGCCGAAGGUUUUCCUGAAGAACAGCUUAGCGCUCAAUCAAGUCGUUCUGCCUCCCAUCCAAGCCCGCAGGUCUCGUCGAUUUUAGAGAAUCUACCUGCUUAUCAACCCGCUGUCCCUCUUCGGCGUCGAUCGAGCGGUAAUUCAGCCAAAAGUCCCAUCUUCCCAAUACACUCGCAAUUGCAGCGCGCAGCUGAACCCACGUGCUCGGGAGACCCUUCCAACUGCAUGGCCUGCACAGACGAUGAUUUCGGCAAGGCGUUUUGCUCAGCAGUGGAGGUCACGAUGUCUGGGACUGCCUGCGACAAUUGUAGUAGCCGACCUCUUCAAGGCGCUCCUAGUGACUUUAGUUUUUCAGCGUCAAGCAUGAGCUGUUGUGGGAAUCCUCUUGGCUGCGAAGGAUGUAUCGUGCCCACACCCCGUUCUUCUGUGGGUUCAGACUCGUCUCCUCUCGAAAAGACGUUGGAGUAUAUCCCAACGAACGAUGCGUGGCGUCAAUUGAAAGCCCAUCCGAACGUCGAGUUUGCGGAUCUGGCCCUCCUUGCAGAGGUGGUAGCCAGCAGAUCCAAAUGUACUGGGCCAAGAGUGGUCAUUUCACCUUCGCCCCCCGAUCGCUUUGUACCGGAACGAACGCCUUUCUCUCAAGUGGGGGGAGCACAGACGUCCACUGAUCAAGCUCUCUCUCAACGUGGCACUCAAACAGUCUUUUUAGAGUGUGGGCGGAAGCGGGUCCGCGAGGUUCGCAAAGAGGCUGUCCAGGAUGCUUUGCGUUUGCUGGACGCGAAGUUCACUAUUUAA